GCGGCCGACUCCGAGUUCGCCGCGCGGCGCGGCCCUUGCGCGGCUGCGCUCGGGGCCGUCCUGCAGCUCUGCCCCGCGUGCGGCGCGUGCCCGCUGGCCUCCACGGGCUGCCGCGCGCCGCCGACGCCGGCGGCCACGGAGGCCACGGCGCCCGCGCCGGCGGCCGCAGAG